CCUGUGCGAAGAGGAGGUUAUGGCGGAAAAUCGAGAGCUAUGGGGUGAUGAUGAUGGUCCAUCAGAUCCCCACGGCCUGAUGAAUUCUGAACGGGCCUAUGGUUUUGAUGUGGAUUGCUCGACCCGUCCCUAUAGACUAGUUGAGUCUCAAUGGGGCCAUUGUUAUGAUACCGACCUUCAAGCUAUGCUUGGACUCCACUGCUACAAUUUUCAGAAGGCAAGGGAUCCUGCCUCCGACUCUCUCAUCUCUUUUCAGACGCUGUUCAGCGAUGGUGGCUGUGGAGCCGAUUUCACUAUUGAGUGGAGGUCCUUAGCCUGCAGACUUAAAUGUAACGAGCGUCUGGAUGACUACUGGGAUGACAGUAGAUUAAUAGAUGACUUCUAUAUGGGUGAUAUGCCCAAAUGGUUGUCUGAUGAGGCCUUAGCCGCUGACAAUAAAAAGUUUUACGUGGUGCAAGAGUCGGAUUUUCUUGAGAAUGACUGGCUGUAUCUAUAUACGGAAAUUGCAUUCUACGCGAAAACAGACUGUGUAAGGAUUGACAGCUUCCCCACGCUUGGAGGUCAAGAAGGUUGUUAUAGAAACUAAAGAAGAAUACAUGACAGAGGCACGU